GAAACCAAAGAUCUUUGGGCAUCAGUUCAGCGCGAGGGAAAUUUCAAGCGCGGCGCUGGGCGGGGGGGCGGUGUUUACCGGCGGCUCCAGUGCUCUCCACCCAUCACCGCGGGCAGCGGCAACAGCAGCGGCACCACCAGCACCACCAGCAGAGAGAGGGGUGGGUGCCCGGGGCACGGCAGCGCCGAGUAGUUUAACCUUGUAUCAUGAUGACUGAAGUGGGAUCUGCAAUUCAAGUAAACGAAGAAUCAAAAGGAACUGAAGCAGAUGAUUCCGAAGCAUCAAAUCCAGACAAGACUAGCAAUGGAAAUGAGGAAGCAGAAAAAGAAAUCCAGGAAGAUGAACAGCCUGAAUCCACAACACAACCUCUGAAAGAACAGGAGUUUAAUUCUUCAAUUUCAGAUGCAAGUACCCAGUCCACUCCUUCUAGUAUUGAUAAAAAGGAUCCAACGGGUGGUAAAGGAUUGUUUCGUUUUUUGCCUGGUUGGCUUAAAAAGCCAAAAUCAAUGUCCCAGGUGGAAACUACAGAAGAAAAAGAAGCCGAGGAGUAUAUUCAAACUAAAGACAGAAAUUCCGAAGAUGAACAGCCAGAGUUAAUGAAGUCUACAUCAGAAAAUGAAGUUGUGAAAGGAAUGGAAACAGAGGAGAGCAAGACAGAUGAAAUAGUGGAGCAGCAUUCAUUGAACAGUGCAGAGUUACAGACAGAUAAAGAGAAAAAGCCUGAAGAAAGUUUGGAAAAGGAUGCAGAUAUGGACAAUGAAGAGGUGGUACUAGAUAAGAAAAAGGAUGAAAAUAGCAAAGAUGGAGAAGUUUGGAAAGAUGAAGAUGCAAGCAAAAAGUCUCCACUGAAAAUUCCGAAAAAGAUAAAGUUCAUGCAGAGCAAGGUCUUCAUGUUGGAUGGUUCAGAGUUUACUUAUGAAAUUGAGAAACAUGCCAAAGGACAAAUAAUGUUGGACAAGGUGUGCGAACAAAUCAACUUGUUAGAAAAGGAUUAUUUUGGUCUUACUUUUCGGGAUGCCACAGGCGAAAAGAAUUGGUUGGACCCUGCCAAGGAAAUAAAGAAACAAAUUCGAAGUUGUGCUUGGCACUUUAAUUUUAAUGUAAAAUUCUACCCUCCGGAUCCUUCACAACUAACUGAAGACAUCACAAGAUAUUACUUGUGCCUUCAACUCCGCCAAGAUAUCGUAUCUGGUCGUUUGCCAUGUUCUUUUGUAACUCAUGCCCUUCUUGGUUCCUGCGCAUUGCAAGCGGAACUUGGAGAUUAUGAUGCCAAUGAACACAAAGCAGGCUACGUUACAGAAUUGCAGUUUUCUCCAAACCAGACAAAAGAAUUGGAAGAGAAAAUCUCUGAACUGCAUAAAACACACAGGGGUUUAACUCCAGCCCAGGCUGAUGCUCAAUUUCUGGAAAAUGCCAAAAUGCUUUCCAUGUAUGGUGUAGACUUGCACCAUGCAAAGGAUUCAGAAGGAGUGGAUAUUAUGUUGGGUGUAUGUGCAAAUGGACUGCUCAUCUACAAAGAUCGUCUCAGGAUUAACCGCUUUGCUUGGCCAAAGAUUCUUAAAAUUUCUUACAAGCGAAGCAAUUUCUAUAUUAAAAUUCGACCUGGAGAAAUAGAGCAGUUUGAAAGUACUAUUGGUUUCAAGUUGCCGAAUCAUCGAGCAGCAAAGAGAUUGUGGAAAGUUUGUGUGGAACAUCACACUUUUUUCAGGUUGCUGUCUCCUGAGCAAACACCGAAAAGCAAGUUCAUGACCUUGGGUUCCAAGUUCCGCUACAGUGGGCGCACCCAGGCACAAACACGGGAGGCAAGCAUCCUCAUUGACAGACCCGCACCAUUUUUUGAGCGUACUUCGAGUAAGCGAAUGUCGAGAAGUCUUGAUGGAGUUCCAGCAGGUGGCAUUAAUGAAGUGGGUCUGCAGCAAGAAUCUUCCUGUUUAGGUUCAACAGCAGAUGGUGUUAAAACGGAAGCAGAUGAGUUGGCAAUAAAAGAUAUAACCACUUCUUUGAAAGCCUCACAGCUGGAAAUGCCUGUGGAAACAAAGAAUAACUCAUUGAGCAUAGAAGGCGAAAGUAUUUAUGUCAGACAUAGCAAUUUAAUGUUGGAGGACCGUGAUAAAACCCAGGAGGAUCUAUUGAAACAUCAAGCUAGCAUUAGUGAACUAAAACGCAGUUUCAUGGAAUCCACAUCGGAACCGCGUCCAAAUGAAUGGGAAAAUCGGUUGACUAAACCCUUGUUACUGCAAACAGAAGGGACUUCAGAUGAGAAUCAGAAAUCCGAGAUGGAGGAGCAGGCAGAGGUUAUAGUAGAAGAAGCAAUAGUGAUUGAAGAGGUAAAGAGUGCACCCGGCCAUUCAAAAGUAAAACUUGAAAGCCCUGUUGAAAACAGCUCAAUUGUACCCCCUGUUGAGUUGGCAGCAAAAGAGAGUAAUGUCUCAUCCUCUGAUAGCCGUAGUGACAGUGAGGAAGAGGCAGAAUACCACCCACAGACCAAGGAAGGAGAAAAUGUAAAGAGAGACCAAAAUGAAUGUAAGACACUGACUACAGUAGCAAUGGAUUCUGAGAUUUCAGUAACAGAUAUUGAAGAAGUGCAUUUUCCUGUUACUGUGGUACAUAAGAUGCAGGAUGUUCUGGAAGAAGAUUUGCAAGAAAUGCAAAAUGGAAAAUUGCAGGAAGCAAAGCAAGAGCAUGAAGAUAUCAAUCCCAAACUAAAUGGAGAUGUUUCGUUUAUUGAUAGUGAUGCUAUGCCAGAAGUUGUUUGUUACGCAGAGCCUCCUGUAGUAAAGACUGAAAUGGUGACAAUCUCUGAUACUGUCAGUCCUGACAAGACUGAAAUUGCAACAAAAGAAGUUCCAAUUGUUCAAACAGAAACUAAAACCAUUACAUAUGAAGCUGCACAGGGUGAUGGCAGUGGAGACAAUGAUCCUGGUGUCCUGAUGAGUGCUCAGACAAUAACUUCUGAAUCUUUUUGCCAAACCAUGACAACCCAGAUUACCAAGACUGUUAAAGGUGGAGUUUCUGAAACUAGAAUUGAAAAGCGAAUUGUCAUCACAGGGGAUACUGACAUAGACCACGAUCAGGCCUUAGCCCAGGCUAUAAAAGAAGCCAAAGAGCAGCACCCAGACAUGUCAGUCACCAGGGUAGUGGUACAUAAAGAAACAGAGCUCACUGAGGACGGGGAUGAAUGAGUGAAGAAAUGAUUGUUGGUUGAACAGAACAAAGGAUCUUGAACUUUAAAGUGACCACUGCCAUGAUCAAUAAAGAAAAAUUGCCACUGAGCUUGGAAAAUGAUCAAUAUUGCAGCCAAGUGUGAACAUUUGAAGAUGUCAAAGAUCUGUAGAAACUCAUCCUCCUAUUUAAACAUUUAAAAUAAUUAGCCAAUAUUUUGAUCAUUCACUCUACUAAUGUGUUGGCCUAUUAAUGUAUGACUUCUACGCCAUUAAAAUUUAGUCUCCACAAGCAAAUAUUACAAAGGCUAUAAAGUAGGUUUCUUUGAAGAUUUGUACAGAAUGUUACAACUAAUUUAGAUACAGUUUCAGAACCUGAAUAUGUGUAAACCUGUUGUUGCAGAAACUUUUUUUUAGCAUGAUCAAGUAGUUACCAAAUAUUGUGGAAAAGAGAAAUAUGGAAAGACUUCUCUUUAACCUGUCAGUUGAGAGAAUUAAGUCUAUUUAAAACAAAUCUCCUGUGCCACCUAUUACGCAAAAAAAAAAAAAUGAAGGGGGCCUGACACGGGCAAGUAUCAUUCCAAUAAAUUUUUGCACUGUUACUCAUUUACUAUUAUAUUUUCUUAAGACAUCAGUGGAACUAGGAUAUCCAUACUGGAAAAGAAUACUUUUCUAUUAAUAGUUCUAUAACAAACUUUCAUAGUGAGCUUAAAAUUUAAUACUUUUAAAUCAUAUUUCUUCAAUUGAAAAGCCAAAUCAUAAUAUUGAAUACAUUUCUAUAAAUCUUUUAUGUUCUUACUACGACAGAUUAAGCUUUAGAGUGUAGCUGCUAAUAGGUGAAUUGUGGUGCAGUUCUAAAGGCUUUGGCUAAUUUUUGAGAAAGAUUUAAAGUAUAAAAAAUAACCUGUUUUAUUUUGUCUUUUCUGUAGAUAAUAUGGCAGAAUCCUUUGCUUUUAAACAAAUGCAAAGUAAUACUGAAUCCCGAUGACUGUGUUUUUAUGCUUUGAACCCUUGUAUGUAGGCAAACAACCAAAAUAGCACUCUGGCUGCUUAAAUGUUGUGUUGUGGUAUUCUUCAUGUAAUCCUGUUUGAAAAAAACAAUAAAUUUUGCUUAAAAUAUG